AUGUGUGAAGUAGCGAAGGCGAUGCAGCUUAAUCUCCCCCCGCCGCCACUCAUACAUAUCACGUUCAGCGGCCAGCCGGCCGUCUCCACGGGUGUGGUAAACCUCGCCGCACUCCUGGGCAACACGGAAUACUUGCUUGUUAGGGUCCUCCCCACAGGUGACCGUGUGAGAGAGGAAGAUGGGUAUAUUGACAGCGACGAUGGUGUUAACGACGGUAUUUACAAUAAUGGCAGCAGCAAUGGUGCGGUAUCUACGCAGCGGUGGCAGCGGCUGCAGUUGUGUGAGCACGCGGGACUACCGCUCGGAUGUUUCGCUGUGGAGGAUGGCGGCAGCUAUGAGGUGGUGCGGCGUGGUGACGUGCGAUUUUCAAGUACAGAGGCCGUGGUGAAGGACGAAGCUGCAGUACCAGCAGAGGCGGUAGCGGCACCUAGGAAGCAGAAGAAGCGAGAUAAGAAGCGAAAGCGAAGGGAAGAAACGGAGGAAAUGCUGAAGACGAACGCGAAGCCUCGGCGUCAGAGUGAUAGGAAGGUAACAGAAGCAGCAACGUCAGAAGAAGUGGAACAACAUAAUGAAGGCACAGAGGAAGUGAACGGCGGUGGUGCAACGAGUGGGGUGGUCCGGCUGCAGCGGGUGCAUCUCGAGACGCCCGCCACUCAGACACUAAUGGAGGAAGAAGAGCAGCAACAGCAAGAAAGGGAAAGGCGGUCGGUUUCGCCGCCAUUAGUGGCCUCACACCUGCCGAUCAUGGAAGCAAAAAAGCGUCGCCGUCCACUAAAUAACAGUAGCAGCUGUGGCUCAUCACGCUCUCGUGACGAGCAGCAGCAGCAGCAGCAAGCGAAGCAUCACAGUCGAGAUGAGUACACUAAGGAGACUCAACAUGGAAUGGAAAACGCGAGGGCGAUGGAGCCGAAUCGAAGUGAAACCCCGACGCCCCCACGCCGAACUGCAUCGAGUUCAACCACAAAUGAUGAGGCGCAUGCGUCGCGCGUUGCGGGCGCAGCAAGAGUCACGAAGGCCAGUCCAGUUGCUGCCCAAGAUAACGGUGUUGGCAGCCCGCAACAGGAUGUCUUGCGCAAUGGAGCCAUGCCCCUAUUACCGCCACCUGAAGCAGAAGAAGAUGCGCAGGCAGAAGUAGAAUCCCGAGACAGCAGUAGCAGCUACAGACCCUCGAAUGGGAUUCACGGCACCUGGGUGCCACAGGAGAGUCCGGCAUUGGGGUUCACUUCGGUCGACAACACACUUUCACAGGAUUUCAGCUUGGGGUCGUCUUCCGUCACCUCCUCUGCGGACUACGUGUAUUGA